UAACGUUUUGCGCAACUAAGACGCAGUCUUGAUGUUCUUGAGGGCAACGCCUUCACGCUUGUAGUCACCGGCUAAAGCAAGCUCCACUGGCUUAUGAUGAAUUCAAUCUAAAGAUGAAUAUGUGCUAGAGAUCUAAUUGCAGCCGAACUGGACAAUUUGGGGAUAUCGGAGCAACUGUUUUAUCUACAUAUCUGAGAGUAUAAAGGAAGAUACAUUCCUUUUAAAUUUUAAAUUAGUUAAUCUAUUCAAUAUUUAAACAUAUUUUUGGGUAAGUUAUCUUACCCCACAUAAAAACGGACAGAAGUGGUGAAUGAAGUCGUCAAGCGUUGAUCCAUCGGGAAGUUGACAGUAAUUAAAGUGAAAUCGACCUAAACAUGAUAUCUCGUCAGAGUAAGGAUUUUCUCGUAAGGAUCACCGGUUACUUUUGGAAGCCGCUUUUCAGAGGCAGGUUUCUGAUCGUGACGAACACUGUGAGCUGCGGAGGAAUGUUGGCGGCGGGCGACUUCAUCCAGCAGACGCUCGAGACGCGGAGGACGCCCGGCCGAACACGUGACUGGUCGCGUACAGGUUGUAUGUUUGCCGUCGGAUGCUCUAUGGGUCCCUUCAUGCACUACUGGUACCUGUGCCUGGACAAAUACUUUGUAGGCAGUGGCAUCAAUAAUGUCUGCAAGAAAGUGCUUACUGAUCAGCUUGUCGCAUCGCCAGCAUUGGGAGCCUGGUACUUUCUAGGUAUGGGUAUGAUGGAGGGUCACACUUUGUCUGAGUCACAAGCAGAAUUCAGAGACAAAUUCUGGGAGUUUUACAAGGCAGAUUGGUGUGUUUGGCCAGCAGCUCAAAUGGUAAACUUCUACUUCUUGCCACCCAAGUUUCGUGUCCUUUAUGUGAAUAUAAUUACCCUGGGAUGGGACACUUACCUCUCCUACCUCAAACACAGUAAGAAAAGACCCAAUCAGAAGCUGAGUGAACUGCCUGAAAAUGUCUGACGAAAGAGAAUAUUUAAAAACACUGCUUCAAUCCCGA